AGCGUGCCUUCUGGGCAUCCCUGGAGAGGCCGCUUCCACCUGCUGGAGGCGGGGCCAGGGCGGAGCUAAGAUGCGAAGGGAGGUGACGUACACCCUCGAGCUCGCCAGGCUCCCGGCCCGACCCCAACCCAGGCCCACACCGCAGUAGGCUCUUCGGGCUUCCACUGGGUUGAAAAUGAUGUCCAGAAUGGUCUCUACCAUGCUAUCUGGGCUACUGUUUUGGCUCACAUUUGGAGGGACUCCAGCAUUUGCCUACAGCCCCCGGACUCCUGACCGGGUCUCAGAAACAGACAUCCAGAGACUGCUCCAUGGUGUUAUGGAGCAGCUGGGCAUUGCCAGGCCACGGGUGGAAUAUCCAGCUCACCAGGCCAUGAAUCUUGUGGGCCCACAGAGCAUUGAAGGUGGAGCUCACGAAGGUCUGCAACACUUGGGUCCUUUUGGCAACAUCCCCAACAUCGUGGCAGAGUUGACUGGUGACAACAUUCCUAAGGACUUUAGUGAUGAUCAGGGCUACCCAGACCCUCCCAAUCCCUGUCCCGUUGGAAAAACAGUAGAAGAUGGAUGUCUAGAAAACACCCCUGACACAGCAGAGUUCAGUCGAGAAUUCCAGUUGCACCAGCACCUUUUUGAUCCGGAACAUGACUAUCCAGGUUUGGGCAAAUGGAACAAGAAACUCCUGUAUGAGAAGAUGAAGGGGGCACAGAGACGGAAGCGGAGGAGUGUCAAUCCAUAUCUACAAGGGCAGAGACUGGACAAUGUUGUUGCCAAGAAGUCUGUCCCCCAUUUUUCAGAAGAAGAUAAGGAUCCAGAGUAAAAAGAAGGUGCUGGGUGAAACUGCCUCCUAUUAGAUCAUGCUAUUGCUUAUGUGCACGCAUUAUUAAAGCCCCUAAGAAUGACAGCAUGUUUCUUAUGUAGGUAAUUAUGGAUGAAAAACAGCUGCAUUUUGAUAUUGCCUUGUCCCUCACACUGACAGCUCCAUUUUCUGCUGAAUUAGAAUAAGAGCUUUUAUUCUUUUUUUGUUUUUCUUUUAUGUGGAUCUGCAAUGAGCAUCAAUAUUAAAAUAUAUAUGUCAAGAACACUAAAAGGCCAGACUAUGAAAUGCUCAGAUUCCUCACAGCAUACGAUGGUGUUUGAGACCAUACUGCUUCAGCCAAGACUGUGAAAAGCUGGCAUUUGAUUUUGAUUAUGUGGUGCCUCCAGCCCUUGGGUAUUGUUACACACCAAUAAAGAAGGUUGUAUUCAAGAGGAGGAGUUGACACAUUUCACUUGGCUGCAACUUAAUAAAUGUGUAUGCAAGCA